GGGAAGCAGAUAAAACUACAGAUUUAGUAUUUGCCACAGUUAAUCAAAGACGUCGAAUUUAAAUCGGGAACUUGGGAAAGUGCUCUGAGAGGUUUAUUUUUUUUUAAUCUGCCAGGAUUGGCUACCUAGGUGAAGCGUCCUCUGGGGGGCGGGCCCGGAGAUUGACUGGUAAUGGGUGUAGUAGGUUCCUCCCAGCUAGCUUCCGUUUUUGCCUGCUCUCCCCGCGGUCUCCCCAAGAGACUAAAAGAGAAGAGUGAAAGUCAAAGCUGAAGGCUUCGAACCUAGAGAAGAUAAAGGUAAUUGAAAAGAUAAUUGAAUUCAUAUCAUGGCUUUAAGCUGGGAAACUAUCUGACGACUAUUUCCUCAUCUUUUAAAAAUAAGGUUGGAAAGCACUUCUGCAGAAACCCUGGAACCAGUCCAUUCCCAACUGUUUCUUGUUCUCCAGAUUCUACUGGAAUCUACUGAAAGGAGAAAAACUUGAUUAAGAGAAUCUCCAAUGUCUUCAAGUAGGAAAUUUGCAGAAUAUGAUAAAAAGAAACUCCAGGAGGAAAAUUCUAGAUUAAAGUGUGAACUAGAAGUUUUGAGAAAUCAAUAUGAUUGGCUUAUAGAAGAAGGGAAGAGUGAAUGUUUUGAUGAAAGACGUAUCAAUCUCUUGAAAGCUCAAGUCAUGCAGCUACAGAGACAGGUAGUACUGCUUACAGAAGGAUUAAGUUCUCGGGCUGCCCUUCUGCUAGAACUGAAUGAAGCUUUGAACCCCCUCUCUCAAAAACUCAGAUCUUUUCUUGAUUGGAAUAGCCCUACUUGUGAAGUUCCAGUUGCACGAUCUGAACUGAAGCAGAUGAUUAAAAUGUGCCACACACUUCAAAGUAAACUGCAAAAAAACUAUCAAACAACUGGCAUUGAGGAACUUGCGCUGCCCUGGUUGAUGUCAAGAAAGAACUGUACUAAACCAACAGUCACACUUCUUGAUCUUUGUUAUGGGAAAAUGGACAAUUUAAAUUUACAAUAUGUGAGUGCCCUUGAAACAAAACUUAGCCAGUUGUAUAGACACCUGCAUGGUAUGAGGCAAACACUGAACUUCAUUCUAGCCCCAGGACAGGGCUCCCACAAGCAAUCUCUGCAAAUUCUCCCUACUGCUGUGUAUUCUAGGCUGAUAAAUCAGAUGAAGAGAUGUAAUCACUCUUUGGAGGAAUGCUGUAGUGACUUGCUUAUUUUGACCCUUGUUGUACCUUCAGCACCCUGGGCCAAAAUACAAAAUGCCUCAAUCCCAGAAUUUACUGUAGAUAGUGUUCUAGCUAUACUACCAACAUUCCCCAAAGGAGCUCCCCAAGAAAAAGCCAAAAAGGCAGUAGGAGCAUUGUUGAAGGCUACUAAUUAUUCCAAGCUAAUGACUACACAACAGAUAAAUGCUCUACAAGCAGAAGUUAAUUUCCAUCGAAGUAUCUAUGACCUCCAGAUUAAGUACACCAAAGAUGUUUUUGAUGCUAUAAAGCAUAUCUACCACUCAUUCCUGGCAAAUAUUGAUGGUAUUCUAUGUUCCCCACUAAAAGAUGUUCUUUCCUCUUAUAUAAACCUUACAUUGGAACCAUCAGAUACUGCUUUCAAACACUUUCUCUAUGUUUUAAAAAACAAUGCUGGACCGAUUCAAGAGGCAGUUGACACUUUGACUCCAUCAGAGAAUCUACAGCAUGAAGGUGAAGAGGCCUUGUCGAAAUUUGGAAGAGAACUUUUCCUUUCUUUAGAACAGGCUCUCAGAGACUGUGCAGAGCAACGAGAUAAAGCAGCGAGAGAGACGGAGUUCUUAAGAAUUGAGCUGGAGCAAGCAAUCACAGAACUUCACCUUUUGAAAAAGGAACGUAAGGAAAAAGGAACUGAGUCCUCUUUGAGGUUUUCAAAGUGGAAAGGGGAAGGUGGAGGAGUAUUGGGCACAGAAGACCCACCAACUCAAUUUGGUUCUCAGAAACCGAGACUGGUAGUUAAUUCCAUUUUUUCAAAUAAAGCAGAAAAUUCUCGAGCUUCCUCCUUGCAGCCUCAGGAAGAAACUUCCGAGAAGGCCCCCCUGCACCAUCGAGGGAAGAACUUCAGAAUUAAGAGCAUAAAACCCACAAGACUGUCUUUACAAGAUUAAUCUGGGAUCCCAGCCACCCAGAAGUAUGACUUUGGAUAUUUGUUCUAGGUGCUGGUAAACCUCAUAUGCCAAAAUAGAUCACAAAUAUAAAAAGUAAAUUUGAUGGGUAAGAUUUUCUGUAGAUAAAUCCUAAAGAAAUUAAAUGGGAAUGGUUUAAAAUGAUGAUUAUUCAUUUUCCUUUAAUUUUUCAUUUUUGACAUUUCAACAUGUGAUUAUUCUAUAUGUCACUAUGUGAAUCUUGUUCUGGAACAAAGAGAUGCACUGUUUUCUUGACUGGCUUCAUGAACUGAGGUUUUUAAAAUUUCAGCCUUAAUUCAAUAUCUUAAUUUAAUGACUGAUAAAAAAGAAUCAUCCUCAGCUUUUAAUGCUGCUGUAAAUAAUAAAAUAUUACUAUAUCUUCCUUGAAAGUAAUAACACAAAUGCAUAAAAAUAUUUACAUGGAACAAAUGCUCUUGUUAAGUAUGUGAUUAAAGGAAAUUUAUCAAAGAAGCUUAUUAUAUGUAGCUAAUUUAUUUGCAAUUAGAUAUUUUCAUUUCUAAAAUUUCUUUGGAUAUUAAGGAUGUUCAAAUUUUGAAGUUGAUGUUUUGUUAAUAAAUAAAGUUGAAAUUUCAGGGCAUUUUCUGAGUCUAUUUAAAACAAAUUAAAUAGUCACUUUUUUCUUUUAUAUUGAAACCAGAAAACAGAGGGAUCUAGCUGAAUAUUAGUCUUUUCUAAGCAUCAAGAUAAAAUAUAAAUAUUCAUCACAUGCCAAUCUUGUCUGUUUUGCCAAAGGCAAUAAUUGCAUUUGGAAUAAUUAAGGUCAUACAUGUGGUUACUUUGUUAGCUAUUUCAUAAAGACAUUGUUUAAAAAAGAAAACGAGACUGGUCUUUGGCUUUAUCCAUUUAUCACAUUAUUUUUAAACUUGUUAAAGGAAGGUGCUUGGCUAAAUACAUUGAUUUUCUUUCAUCCUAGAAAAUACUGCAAUAUAGUUACUAGAAUUAUAAUUUUAAGACCUAGAAAGA